AUGCUCCUCAUCGGCGCUGGAUGGCUCAUCUUGAGCGACCGCUAUGGCGUCUUCACUAACGCAGAGUACACUGCAGAGUACCGGCCACCCCCUCUCAACGAGCGGAACGUGAGCUUGAUCAUGCUCCCAGCUGCGUGCUUCAUCGACAAGCAGCUUCACAAUGAAACCUUUGCCGUCUUCCAGGGCGAUCAAGCAAGGCUAGAUGCCGUCGGCGCGGUGAGCACUGGGGCUUACAGAUUUGAGACGGCGAUCUGGGGUUCUAUUAUGAAUUUCAACCUCAAACGGGAUGACACCACAGUGGAUGUGGUUCGGCCUGGUAGACCCAAGAAGUGGUGGAUGAAGAUGUUUGUGGUGAUGUACUGGUUCGCACCUUUGGUUGCGGGUGCUGCUGUGCUGGGGUGGACAAUGGUGUAUAUUGUGGGGAUCAAGGACUGGAUGCAUAACUCUGGGUGGAUAAGUGAAGAGGGGAAAUUCGAGAAAGGUAUUGUGCGCGGGUUUGGAGAGAUUGCUCCUCUUGUGGCUGUGGGCGCGGUAUUUUUGGCUGCUUUUGAGAAGUGGGUGUGGCCAGUUCCGAAAUUGAAGGAGGAUUGA